AGGAGAAGGCGAUGUAUUCCGCCGACGACCUCCGCAUUGACGUCGGAAAGAAGAAGGCGAAGGUGCUUGCCAACAUGAAGUUCAUCGGCAACCUCUUCCUCCGCCAGCUACUCGCCGUGAAGGUGAUCGGGCAAGUGGUGCAUGAUUUAAUUGGGAUCAAGGACGCCCCCAUCGAGGAGCACAUGAUCGAGUGCGUCUGCGAGCUGCUGCAGGCGAUUGGGUUCUCCCUUGACAACACCCAGCAUGGAAAGAUGUUGGUGACCCAGUUUUCACACCGCCUGAUGGACCUCAAGAAGGAGGUCGACCCCGCGACUGGCAGACAUUUAUUCUCGAAGAGAAUACAAUUCCGGAUUCAGGAUCUGAUUGACCUCAGAAGCCACAACUGGCAGAAGAAGUUGUUCAAGGA